CUAGAGUUCUCGAAUCUCCAGUCCAUUAUUAUUGACUUGCAGAACGCUGCCCAAUUCUCCUGGACACGGACUCUAUGCAAUCAUCUCGAAAUGGGGAUUGAAACAUCCAUCUUCAAAUAGAGUCGUUGUUGAGCAGAAGAUGAUCUUGAAGGUGGCGAUGAGAAGGUGUUGUUACACCCCAGCGCAAAGCGGAUGUAAUCCAAAUACGGUAAAACGGUAACAUACGCUGAACAUGACACUCGUCCACUUUGAAUCAACGUAUCCUUAAACGCUCCGCCGCCAAUCGGUUAAUUUCUCGACCAUCAAGGCUUUUCUUGACAGGAGAAUUGACGAUCAAUCAUAUUAUGGGAUUAGAUGGUCUCUGUCCUACUCAUAGCCAGCGGUUCGGAAUUAUCACGGUCAUUUGAACCCAGACUCGGUCAAUAUGGAUUCGAGCUAUAAAGCUCGAAAAGAGGCCUUUGUGUCUGACCUCACCGGAGGGGAUAUCCUGGAGAUCAACACAGUCACUCUCGUUGCACCCGUUGCUGUCCUUCUUUGGUCUGUCCUUCAAUCUCGCCUAUCCUUCUUCACCCCGUAUAGUGCAGCGGCACUUGUAACCGACUUUUUGCUCAACGUACUGGCCAUUCUCUUCGCAACAACGAUAUACUCCUCUGCUCCUCUGCUCCUGAAUCUCCUACUGGCCUCCCCGGCUUUCCUUGUUCUACUAAACCGGUCACGGACACGUACCCAACAAAAAGCGAAACCACCACGUCAAUCUACUACACCUGAGAAAAAUGCCUCAAAGCGGUCACAGGAUGCACCAAGCAAGCCGGAAUCGUUGCCGAUCCACCCAUUCCUUACAACCUACCGCGCCGCUAUGAUGAUUAUAACCUGCAUUGCGAUCCUAGCGGUUGACUUCCGUAUCUUUCCCCGCCGGUUCGCCAAAGUCGAGAAUUGGGGUACAUCUCUUAUGGACUUGGGUGUUGGGUCAUUUGUGUUCUCUGGAGGUGUGGUAUCUGCUCGCUCGGUCCUCAAAAGCCGAACUAGCUCAUCUACCCGAACACCGUUGCUGCAGAGGUUGAUAGCGUCAACUCGACACUCGAUCCCUUUGCUAGUGUUGGGCUUGGUCCGGCUAUACAGUGUCAAGGGUCUUGAAUACGCAGAGCAUGUGACUGAGUAUGGCGUGCACUGGAACUUCUUUUUCACGCUGGGUCUUUUGCCCCCGUUUGUGGAGAUUUUCGAUUCCUUGGCUACUUUCAUCCCGUCAUAUGAGGCCCUGGCCCUAGGCACUGCGGUUUUGUACCAAGUCGCUCUCGAAUCAACAGACUUGAAGGCCUACAUCCUCAUUUCUCCACGUGGACCAGAUCUAUUGUCGAAGAACCGGGAGGGUAUUUUCUCCUUCAUUGGGUACUUUGCAAUUUUCCUUGCCGGACGAGCUAUUGGCAUCCGGAUUAUUCCCAGCGGUACAUCUUCCAAGUCACCUCAGCAGGCUAGGAAAAGCGUUCUUGUCAACCUGGGAGUGCAGUCUCUGUGCUGGAUUGCCCUUUUCGUAUUUAACUCAACGUACGCGUCAGGUCUCGGUGCCAACAUCCCGGUCUCCCGCCGACUCGCCAACAUGCCAUAUGUGCUCUGGGUCUCGGCAUUCAACAAUGUCCAACUCUUCCUGUUCUGUCUGGCAGAGACUGUGUUCUUCCCAUCGGUGCAUCUUGUAUCGAGCAAGGAGGGUGAGUUAGAGCGGACGUCUUUUGCGACCAGCCCAAUCAUGACAGCAUUCAACAAGAACGGUCUUGCCAUCUUUCUCGUAGCGAACCUCCUCACUGGAGCCGUGAACUUGACUAUCCCUACGCUGGACGUCAACACCGCCCAAGCCAUGGCUAUUCUAAUCGGAUACGCCGCUGCAAUCACGGGUAUUGCAUUGGGACUAGACUGGGCGAAUAUCAAGCUGACGUUGUGAGAAGAAAGAAAAUUGGCGAAGUUUUGUAUAUUAGUAUAAAAAGCAUUCUAGAAAUUCCUAGGAAAUAAACUUCACCGCAAUAUGAUUGGUCCAAAGUGAUCGACAUGUGAAAACCGCGGCGGGCGGGGAGCUCCCCAAGCUCAUCAGAGGACCCAUCCAACUUUUUCGACAAGAACCAUCCAAAACUUC